AUUAGGAGAAGGAGAGCAAAACCCUCAAUUUCUCUUUGUUCUCCUCUCUGGUCUCUACGCUGGCCCUUAGCGGCUCCCCUGCAGGUAGGGUGAUAGAAAGUGAAAAAUAUGUUCUUAGAAAGUGAAAGUAUGAUCAUAGUAAAGGAGAGAGUGAUAAUGGAAGAGCUUGUGAAGGGCCAGGAAGCUGCUACCCAACUCAAGGGUCUUUUAGAAAACCCCAUUGGGAGUGAAGACUUUCUCUCACCAGAGCAACUCUUGGAGAAUGUGCUCUCAUCUUUUUCACAAACUAUUUCUAUCAUUAAAGCCUCUUCUUUCCAACCACCUCCUCCUGUUCCUGCUCCUGCUCCUGCUCCUGCACCUCACGUUCUCGGUUCCGCCAGUUAUUCAACUUCUGGAGAUGACAGUGUAAAUUGGAACAGAUCCCAACAGGGUCAAAGCGAUGAAAGAGAUAGUCACAGUAUAAGGAAGGGGAAGGGUGCGCAGACAUGGACCGCAGUCUUAAAGACCACUGACGACGGUCAUGUAUGGAGGAAGUAUGGAGAAAAGCAAAUUCUGAAUUCUAAAUUUCUUCGGAGUUACUUUAGAUGCACUUACAAGUUUGAUCAAGGUUGUAAAGCAACCAAACAGGUGCAGCGAUGUGAAGAAAAUCCUGAUAUGUACCAAAUAACAUACAUUGGCUUGCACACAUGCAAUGCGUCUCUCCUCAAUAGGAAUGAUGAAAGUUUGCAUGAAGGAUCAGAUCUCGAAAUGCAGAAUCGGGAGAAUGAUAGCUUAUAUAGUCAAUUUCGAGGAAAACAGAAGAUAAUUGAUUAUGAAAGCUCAUGGUCCUUAUUAACUUUAAGUUCUGACAGAAACACUGAUACAACAUUGUCAAAUUCACACGAUUAUUCCGGCCCCUCGUGAAUUUAUCAUGUAUAUAGUUUUCGUUAAUUACUGUAAGUUAAUGUAUUUUGGUUUUUGAUUUCAAUACUCAUGAGAACUGAAAUUAUGAAUGAGAGGAAACAUAUAGAAUUAUAUAUCUUAAUAUUGGGAAUCUAGUUUAUUUAACUAUAAUGUAUCAAUAAGAAAAUAACAUUUUGUUGA